UUUGAACACAUCACAUCAAGCUUUUAUCAACACAUAAUGGCUAGGUCUAACAGAUUGGUCGAAUAUGUCCUAACUGAACUUCCACCGAAAAAGAAGCCACCGCUUGAUUUGGUGACGUCUUUUACAGUCUCAACAGUAUAAGGCUACUAACAUUAAUCACAGGCUGAGGUCAAAUAUUUAUUUUCAGAAUCAAAAUCCACAACAGAGAAACUUUUUAGAAUAUUUAUGGUGGAUAAUCAGAAGUCCUUGCUGUUGCACAUGAUGCCCUUACGAUUGGUCUAUCACCUUCUCUUGCCAACAACCUGAACACGGGAGAAGGGGAUUCAACGAAGAUACCUGCCACGGAAGGUCGACACCGGGACCAAACAUAUCAGGGAGCUCAGAAUGCUGGAUAUUCCGAAGAGAAACAUGUGAAAGCGAUGCUUACACCAACGCUUCCUCAAAUAUCAAGCAGAAGGUGCUUUCCUCUUUCAGAUGUUGGUACUGAUACAACACCUAAACUUGCCACAACUUUGAACGAAUCUCUCUUGGUGCCAAACCGAUCAGUUGCCAGCUCUCUUGCCUCCACAAUAAGCCAUCCUACGAGCUUCUCUUCAGACGAACCAGAAUCCAACUCUGAAACCGUCGGAAUUAUUCAGGGAAUUUUGACACCUGUGGGCAACACCAUUAGCACGGCCGGUCCUACACAAUCCUCUUUUGUUGAAACACCCUUGAUUUCGUAUCGUUCAGGAAAAAGAGUUGGGACUGCUGCAGCAGCUUCAUCCUGUCCCAGAAUGUCGACUACGGAUACCAGGAAUUCCCAUAAUUCUAGAUUGGUGCAGCAGCCAGUUUCUCAGAAUCAAGCCCACGCUUCUAACUCUGUACCAACACUGCCAUUGCAGCUGGAUAUCAACCCUCCUGCUUGGUUCAACGCUGAUGGCAGAGCGAACGGCAACUUCCCGCGGGUUCAGUCAGGGACAAAUUCUAGGCCCGGGUUCCCAUCCCAGCCGUUUCAACUACUUCACCAUUUUAUGGCUAGGUAAUCGCGGCCUUGUAUCUUCAGAACUCUGAUACUUUGGUAACAGGUAUGAUUGCUUCAGGUAUGAUCUGGUAUUCUGAAGGCGGCGCUCGUCAGGCACACGUGCACAGUCGGAGUUCGGCAUUCAGGUGUGCCAUCAGUGUUGGUUAAACCAUUAGGGAUCAAACAGAUAAUAAUUUACUGGAAUAAGAAGCAUUAUAUAUAUAUUUUCCUGUGAUCUUAACAACAAGAGCGAGAUAUAUCUACAAGUCUUUGCUACCAAUACUUUUUCCUAUUUACUAGCAAUAUAAGUAGCAAUGAUAAGUUUUGGUAAACCUAUUAGGUGAUUUUAGGCUGAGCUGGACUUGCUGAUGUAAGCAGGGUAACAAAUGCUUGAGCCUAAUAUUCCAACAGCCCCCCUCAGUUUUGUAGCAGUCAAUGAAGCAACUGCUGCCCUUUGGAGUGAUUGUGCUUGAAUGUGAUCUUCAAAGUAGACAGAAGAUAUGGUUGAUUACAAUAAUUGUAAAAUCUGGAUUGUGUCAAUCUUCUUGAGCAGACUGUUCGCUACUUGUUCUGUGUUUCUCAAGGAGUGGCUAAAUGCUGCUGAAGUUUUUUCUUCGUGUUCUCUUGGUGAGAGAGUUGUAGCCAAGGCAGCAGGACCAGAUGUAUUGUCAAGUACAUAUUCUUUUGGUGAAGAUGUUGUGAGCAAAACAUCUGUCAGAUGAAUUAUUGCUGGUGGAGUUUGAGUUGAGCAAGUUUCCCAAAGCAUUUAGUUUGGAGUUAAAGCGAGCAGGCUCAAGUUCUUUAUCUUGGACCUUACCAGGAACCCAGACAGAAGAUUCAAAGAUCAAGAAUUUUGCCCGGAUUACCAAACAGCAUAGUGAAAAGGGAGAUCAUUACUCGCCUUCUUGUAACUCCUAUGGUUUGGCAUAUUUGUAGAAUUAGUAAGUUAUGGAAGAGUUUAAUUGAAACUACUGUAGCUUGACAAGCUUUAAAUAUAGUGUGCAUUGAUACUCCUAAUUACAAUAGAGAGCUGUUUUGUCUAAAAAGGAAAAAAUCUCCUAAUAUAGAUAAAACUGAGCUUUGUGAA